UGCAAGCAUUUGCUGAAUAAGCUUUCUCACUUACCUCGUUCAAGGUAGUUGCGGUGAGUUUCAGUUGUUCGAUUCAGAACCUCUUUGUUUAUCUGAAUCUCACCACAAUGGCUGCUGCUGUCGCCGCAUUGGGAGUUGCUGUUGGACCUGUCAACGAAGUGGUCAAGGCUGUAGUGGUUCCUCUGUUUCUGCGUCCUCUUGGUUAUCUUGUUCACCACAAGAGAAACGUCAAUGAGUUUAGAGAAAAAAUGUUCACACUUGAACGUCAGAAAACAAGUGUUCAGCGGUUGGUGGAUGUCGCAAGAGAGCGGGGACAAGAUAUCAAAGAAGAGGUAAGUAGUUGGAUUAGUAAAGUGAAUGCCACAGAACUUGAAGCGGUUACGGUGGUAGUAAGGGCGUUGGGUGUCGCAAUUCAACAGAAUAACGGAUGCCUAUGGGACUGCGGUGCUCGUUACUCUGUUGGCAAAGGAGCAAAAAUAAAGAUCGAUGAAGUCAAUGAUCUUCUAAGGGAACGCGACAAAUUUGGCGAUACUGUGUCAAUUCCUCCUACAGCUCCUCGUGUAAUAGAAUCCAUGCCGUUAAUGCCUAAUUUCCAAGUUUUUGAGCCCACCAACUUGGCCAUGAAUCAAAUUAGGGAGGCGUUGGAGGACAAGAAGUUCAACUUGGUUGGAGUUUAUGGUAUGGGCGGGGUCGGGAAGACGACCUUGAUGAAAGAAAUGGCCAAACAACUGAAUAACAAAGGGGUCUUUGAUCGUGUUGUGAUGGUCACCGUGUCUCAAAAUCUUAUUUUGAAAAAGAUUCAAAAUGAUAUUGGAGAGAACUUGGGUUACAAAUUCCGUGAAGAAAAUGAAUCGGUACGAGCAAGUCGUUUAUUGGAGAGAAUUAAGCACGAGGCACGAAUCCUCAUAAUCUUGGAUGAUCUAUGGGAGGAACUGCCAUUGAGAGAAGUUGGAAUUCCUUUUGGAGAUAAAGAAGAUUGCAGCGUUAUAAUCACGACAAGAUUCUUAGACGUGUGUGGGAACAUGAACACCCAAUGCAAUGUUGAGGUAAAGGAUUUACCGGAAGAAGAUGCAUUUCGGCUAUUUAGAAUGUUCGCGGGUGAAUGUGUGGACUCCUUGGAGCUACAUGAUGUGGCCAAGGAAGUUGUUAAAGAAUGUGGGGGUUUGCCAGUGGCAAUUGUAACAGUUGGAAAGGCACUGCAAAAUAAGGAUCGGACUGUAUGGGUUGAUGCAAUUACUCAACUGAAGGAGGUAAUCCCAUCGAGAAUUCCAGGUAUGCUACCACGAGUGUUCUCCUCAAUAAAAUAUAGUUAUGAUCGUCUUGAAAACCAGGAAACACAACUUUGUUUCUUGUUUUGUUGUCUAUUUCCUGAAGACUUUAUUAUUUCUGAAGAUGAUUUGCUUCCAUACGUGUUGGGUGAGAAUAUAUUUGAAGCUAUUGAAACCAUGAAAAAGGCAAGAAAUAGGUUGCAUACGGUGUUGGAAACACUUAAAUGGUCAUGUUUGCUAUUAAAUGUAGAUGAAAAAAAAGGAUGUGUUAGGAUGCAUGAUGUUGUUCGAGAUGUGGCCAUUUGGAUUGCAAAAGAAGACCAUGGCUUUAUUGUAGAAGUUGGAAAAGGACUGAAGGAGUGGCCAGACAACAUGAAGAACUUGCAAAAAUGCAAGCGACUCUCUCUAAUGCAAAAUGAAAUCAGUAAGCUCCCAGAACAGAUGAGUAGUUAUUUUCAACUCAUGACGACCUUAUCAUUACGACAUAAUCCAAAGAUGGAAAUUCCUAGUAAAAGUUUUGAGGGUAUGAUAUCACUCAAGGUUCUAGAUCUCCAAUGCACAAAUAUUGUUUCAAUACCAUCAUCAUUCUCCAGGUUGACGGAGCUUCGAGUGUUACUUCUAAGGUAUACGCUUUGGGAAGGCACAGAUUUAUCAUUGCUUGGGAACAUGAAGAAACUUGAAAUGCUCCAUCUAUGUCACUGUGAACUAAGUACUUUACCCCAAGAAAUAGGGGGAUUGACAAACCUUAGGUCUUUGGAUUUGUCAACAAACCCUGAUUUGAUUAUUCCCCCGAAAGUCUUGUCGAGGUUAUCUCGGUUAGAAGAACUCAACCUUUUUGACAGCUUUAAUGAGUGGGAGAUUGAAGGAUCAGAAGAAGAUGGCAAGAGCAAAGCUUGUUUGUCUGAGGUGGCAUCCUUGUCUGGUUUGACAAAGCUUAUCUUAGAGGUGUCAAACAUAGAAUGUCUCAGUUCCACCUUCCCAUUUCGCUGGGAAAAUUUAACACAAUUUUUUAUUAUGAUUGGAAGGUUUUACUUGGUAGACGCAGAUGAUCUGCGGCGAGGUUGUUAUUCAGCUAGGAUGGGCUUUUACAGACUAACAAUCCCUGAACUUUCCAAUUGGGCCAAGGGGUUGCUGGGACGAACAGAGAACCUACAUUUCACUAAGUGCCGUGGUCUAAGGAACAUUUAUCCAGGACUAGAUGGAGGGAAUGGUCUCUACAGCUUAAAAUCUCUCAAAAUUAAAGAAUGUGAGGAUCUAGAGCAUAUUCUGAUCGCUGAGGAAGAGAGUGUUCAUAUACUCGCAUUCAACAGGUUGGAAGAAUUAGAGCUAUCAGACAUACGAAACUUGAGUAAAAUCUGCCAUGGACGUUUUCCAAAAGGGUGCCUGGAGAACCUAAGGAUCCUAAGUAUUUUCCAGUGUCACAAUUUGAAGCACAUCUUUGAAAUGAGUAUGGCUCAGGGUCUCCCGCAACUAGAACAAAUUGAAAUUUUUUAUUGUGAUGGUUUAGAGGAAAUAUUUAUGAAGAAUGAGGAGGGAGAAGACAAGGAGGGUAAGGUGGUACUUCCUCGAUUAAGGGUUCUUGAAUUAGAUUCAUUGCCAAACUUCUCAACGGUAUGCCGAGUUGCAUCACUCCGUGAUUUCCCAGUCUUUGAAAGAUUGUACAUUUACAAAUGCCCCAAUUUGAAAGGGCUCCCUAUAAGUCUGAGUCCGAAGAGCACACCAUAUCUAAAGGAGAUUGUAGUAGAAGAAACAUGGUUCAAUCAGUUGGAGUGGGAUGAACCAAGUGACAAGCUGCACCUUCAAGAAUGGGUUAAGGUUAACUUUGUGACAUAAAUUUCCGGGAUGACUGACUCUUAACAUGGAUGCUGAGGAAGUAUGCUGCGGCCAUGUUAACCAAGAGAUUUAGCCAUGAACUGUUGGGUGACAGGACAACAUACACAAUUGGGACCUCACCAGCUUCAUCAACAGGAAAUGUAGAAGAUAAAAUAAUGUUCUACAGAAUUAUGAAGCCUACCUUGACCAAGCAGGAGGCCCUUGAGCAAGUUUUCUAAAUCUGUAUAUCAUAUUUUAUGGCAUGAACAGAGCAGAGAGAAGGUGACAUUUCAUGGCACUAUUUCAUAGGUUCAAUCUCAUGAGAAAGAUUGUGAUUUCUCCAAUGUACAUUGAGCUGUGUUGAUUCUUCAUGUGUAUGUGCAUAGUUUCUCCCAAAUUGAUUAGUUACCCUACUCUGAAAAUUAGUACUUAGGAUGAUAUAACCAUAUAAUUGUGUCCAAGGCUACUUAAUUUUGGUGUUAAUUGUGGCAUUUGUGGAUUUUGGAGCUUCAGGUGUUCGAAGUGCAUUGAAGUUGGGAUGGGAAGAAGUAGAAGUUUGGACAGAUUACCAAAGUGCCGUUGACUGGUUAACCCAUAAUUCUCGAGUUGAACGGCCUUGGGAGCUUUUCUCUCUUCUGCAUGAUAUAUAUUGCUCUUUUAUCUCAAACAAUUGGGUCUGUAAUAUUUAAGAAGACAGAUAUAUUGAUAGUUUCGGUAGCCCAUAGGUUGGCUAUAAACUGCUAGAAUUUCCAAAACUAAGAACAAACUGAAUCAUGAUUUGCAUGUUGUUU